AGUACACAGAGGGCACAGAUUGGUCUACGAGACCCUCAACUACCCUAUCACUGCAUUCAGCUUUUUCUCUUACACUGAAACUUCUGCCGUCUGCUCACCACUGACUCACUGCUCACCAGCUUCUCAGGAACCAGUGCAGGAACAAUGGAGAACGUGGCAAUAUUCGAGUCACCUGGAAAGGGGAGGGGUCUUAAGGCCACUAAGGAGUUUUGGGCUGGAGACGUAAUUUUUGCAGAGCCCAGUGUUGCAGCUGUUGUGUUUGACAGCCUAGUAGACCGUAUUUGCCACAGCUGUUUCCGAAGACAAGAAAAGCUACAGAAGUGCGGCCAGUGCAAAUUUGCUCAUUAUUGUGACCGAACCUGCCAGCGAGCCGGCUGGGCCGAACACAAGCUAGAAUGUACUGCCAUAAAAACGCAUGGCAAAGCACCGAACGAGAACAUCCGUUUGGGGGCUCGCAUCCUGUGGCGCCUUGACAAAGAUGGGAGCAUGAUGUCGGACACGCAGAUGGUAACACUGGAGGAGCUGGAGGAUCACAUUGCUGACAUGCCUGAGGACGAUUUGAAGGACUUCAAAGUGGACAUCCACAACUUCCUGGAUUACUGGCCCCGCAGCAGCAAGCAGCACACCAUUGAUGACACUUUUCAUAUUUUUGGAGUGAUUAACUGUAAUGGUUUCACUGUGAGUGACCAGAGGGGCCUCCAGGCUGUGGGAGUGGGCCUCUUCCCAAAUCUUUGCAUGGUGAAUCACAACUGCUGGCCGAACUGCACCGUGAUCCUCAACCACGGCAAUCAAUCGGCAGUGAAUACUAUGUUUCAUUCUCAACGGAGGAUUGAGCUGCGUUCUCUGGGUAAGAUUGAAGCGGGAGACGAGCUCACAGUUUCAUACGUGGACUUCCUGAAUUUGACCGAGGAGAGACAGAAGCUGCUGAAAACACAAUACUUCUUUGACUGCACAUGUGAGCACUGCAAGGACCACGUCAAAGAUGACUUGAAGUUGGGGGGAUUGGAAGUGGAUGGAGUCAAGCCUACAGAGGAACAAGUGAAAGAGGCUACAGAUUAUUGCUUUGAAAUGAUGGAGAAAAUGGAAAAGGCUCGACUAAAUGGCAACUACCAUGAGGUGGUAAAGAUCAGCAAGGAUUGCCUGGAGAAGACAGAACCAGUUUUGGCUGACACUCACAUUUACCAGCUGCGGAUGUGGAGCACGUUAAGUGAGGUGCAAGCUUACCUGCAGUUAUUUGAUGAUGCUGCAGACAAUUCCCGCAAAAUGGUGGAGGGAUACAUGAAACUGUACCACCCAAACAAUGCUGCUCUUGGUAUGGCCGCCAUGCGAUCAGGAGUGACUCACUGGCAAGCUGGGGAAAUAGAGAUCGGCCAUGGCAUGGUCUGCAGGGCCUACGCCAUUCUCAUGGUCACCCACGGCCCAAUGCAUCCCAUCACUAAGGACCUGGAGCCCCUCCAUCACACCGCACGAUACCGGCGCCCGCUCCACUAA